CCCGGUACCUGCGGUAGGCGUUGGCCUUGGCCCUCAAGGCUGAAGACCACGUAGUUAGCAUGAGGCUACAAUAGUACAAGAAUGUUUCAUCCUGACUUCACUUCAGCGGUUGUGAACAAGUCUGUGAGGAGUCAAGAACAUUGAUUUCCUGACUAAAGUGAAAAAUGUUCAGCUUUGACUGACUUUUAAGCUUUACUGGGAUUUAAUAAAAAAGGAGAGGCCGGCAGGAUGUAACUUUCUUUUUCCAUGUAAUGGACAUGAUGAAUUUAUCAGGAUGUAGGCUAACAUUAGUGUAACUGUUUGUAAAUAGUAUUUGUAGCCUGUGUUGGGUGUAAUCAGCUGAUCUGUAUGAUCGCCCAGUUGGUCUGUUGAGUUUAUUGAUCCUGUAUUGGAAAUCUCCAACUUUAUUCCCUUUCAGGAAACAGUGUUCCACAGCUGUAUGAGAAGAUGAAAAGGCUGAUGGCAGAAUUAUUGACGAAUUCCUGCAAUAAAGAUUAGCUGAUUGCACAGAGGUUGAACAAUCAUGCAGAUCAACCGAUCAUGUCUAAAAUUACUUUGCGAACCUUGACAGUAAAUGACUUAUUGGCCCUGAUUAAAAUAAAACUCGGCUAGGCCUACCAGUACACGUACCUGACUUGGCUUGUUGGCUUGCUAUUACAUUAACAUAGGCCUGCAUAUGGCAGCAAUGAAAUUUACGCUUACUGAGACAAACUUUGCUGUAACUUUAGAUUCUCCUUGACAAUUAUUUGAUGGCCCUAUUAGGUUGAAUGCAUGAAAAAGGGAACUUUUUUUCACUUUUUAAAUUAUCCACGCUUACCUGUACAGCUCAGUGAAGGCACAGUCGUUGUAGGGAAGACGUGGUUUUGUGCAUGGAUUUUUCUGUUCAAAUUGUGGAAUUACUGACUAGAAACAUUUCUGAGACAGGAUGUCCUGACUUGCUGAUAUACUUACUGAACAAGGGACAUCAAAGAAAAGAAAAUUGAGUCCAGCCCAAUCUCAGAAUGCAGGAAGUUUUGUGAACAACCUAUGUAACCUUGUGGUUUUUCUCCCAGCAAGGAUGACAUCACAGCAUAACAACCAAAAAGACAGCAAAAUAUGAAACAAAAAUUGAAAAUAAUGUUAACCCAGACAAAAAGUACACUUUGGAUAUUAAAAUUUCCUUUGCCUUUAAUAGGAAGUGCUCCUUUCGAACCAGAAAUUCAUGUAUUCUUAUCCUUUCUGAUCAGACAUUUUUCUCCUUUUUAGAACUACUUUCAAAGGGCGCUUAUGAUGUGUAUGUGGUUUGUACUAGCUGGGUUGUUUUCCAACCAGAGAACUACGUGAGACAGAUAUUUUUCCCUAUUGUUCAGUUUCCAUAGUCGAUUGUGGGAGUAAAUUCUAGAAAGCAGCUGAGGCUUACAUACAAUGCUUUGUAUCCAUGAUUCCAUGAGGUACAUGUACUUGUAUGGUUGUAUUAUUCUGGUUAUGUGCACCCACCAGGUGUAAAGAGAAUUUUCUUCAUGAAGUGCAGACAACCGUUAUGGAGGUCAUGCUGUGUGCACAUGGCACAAAUAACUUUUCCACUUUGUUGGAAUGCCAAACAGAUGCAAGUUUCAUACAAAUAGUGGAUUUUACCAGUAAUUGCCCUCAGUUUCCAUGAAAACAACCAACUUGCAGUGUGCCAGUUCUGAAAUUUUAUGGUGUUCAGUACAGUUAACAUUCUGAUUGAGCUUUAAAGCUUUUCACGGUGAAGGUGGUAAGUUAUAGGUUUGUGGUAGCACCAUGCAAGAAUACAUAUAUCCUUCAAGCAUGUGUGGUUCUGAAAAGAACCGCAGGGUACUCUGUGUUUCGUAUAGCAUGCUCUGUCGGCCAUUGGGAGACUGCAGGGAUUCCAAUUAUGAAGCAGCUUAUAAGGUGUCUGCAGGCGGUGAGGCAUGGAGAGCAUGCUAAUUAACUCAGGAUCCAAUCAAAGGUACAUAUAUUGAAAGUUUCUGAAGCAGUUGUUGACUUCGCUCAUCACAAUGUCAAGUUCAAGUUGGGUCACAGCGGAGGUAGACACCAAUGAGAAUAUUGAAUGUCAUGGAUAUAGGAAGAAUCCUCUACUGACAGCAAUCUGCUGGGUCGGUGGUCUUCUCUCUCUGGGAUUUCUCUUCCUUGUUUUCUACUGGAAGGAAGAUUGGAAACUCAAGUGCAUGUGUAGGCCUUGCCAUCUUAAGCAGGCAGAUUUUGUCCUCAUCAAGGAUAUUUAUCAGCGCUACCAUGUCUGUGUCAUUCGACGGAAGCUUAUUAAAGAUAAUAGUGGUUGCAGUCACAAAAUUCUCCACACCGUUGUGAAGAGAAAUGUUGUCGAUAGUGACGGGAACCUGCGAUUCUUCAAAUUUCACAAGAUUUUCUUUGUUUUGGAUCUCAUCCAGCAUGACAUAUUCCGUCUUAGGGGCCUGGAGACUGACACUCCUUGUAAUGCAUUCUUGGAGGAGUAUGCAGUCGGACUGACUGAAAGUCAGUCUGAACAGAGACGAGCCAUUUAUGGCCAGAAUGUCAUUCAUGUUCGAGUGCGUUCCAUCCCAGUUCUUCUUGUUCAGGAGGUUUUGAAUCCAUUCUACAUGUUUCAAAUCUUCAGCGUAUCCGUGUGGCUCUCUGAUGAGUAUUACUAUUACUCGGCCUGCAUCUUGAUCAUGUCAGCAAUUUCUAUCAGUAUUUCACUGUAUACAACCAGGAAGCAAAAUUUGACUCUGCGCAACAUGGUACAUUCAGACACAAUGGUGAAAGUCUUACGUCCCAACAACGAGAUUGUGGAGGUAUCAGAAAAGGUUCUGGUGCCAGGUGAUGUCAUUGUAAUUCCUCAUCAUGGCUGCAUGAUGACGUGUGAUGCGCUGCUUAUUGCUGGAAACUGCAUCGUCAAUGAAAGCUCACUGACAGGGGAGAGUGUACCAGUUACUAAGACCCCACUCUCACAUCAAGAUGACCGCUUGACCAUGUACAGUCGCCUGGAACACAAACGUAACAGUUUAUUCUGUGGCACUAAGGUGAUACAAACAAGACAAGGAGGCACAGAUGAAGUCAGGGCUGUGGUUGUCCAGACAGGCUUUUCUACUGCCAAGGGCAGUCUUGUACAGGCUAUCAUGUACCCUAAACCAAUGGAAUUCAAGCUACACCGUGACGCUUUACGCUUUAUUGGCAUGUUGGCUGUAAUUGCACUGUUUGGACUCGUUUAUGCCAUCAUCAUGAUGUCCUUCAAAGGAGCGAAGGUUGAACGCAUCAUUAUCCGGGCCUUGGAUAUAAUUACUAUUGCCGUACCCCCGGCCUUACCAGCUGCUCUGACCAUUGGAAUGGUCUAUGCUCAGAUACGACUCAAAGCUAAACAGAUAUUCUGCAUUAGUCCGCAAAGGAUUAAUCUGAGUGGCACCAUUGACAUAUUCUGCUUUGAUAAGACUGGUACUCUGACUGAAGAUGGACUGGAUCUGCUUGGAGUGCAGAUGGCCCAAGAUGGAAGAUUUCUGCCUCUGACAACAUCAGUUUCAAGUUUUUCUACUGGUCCAUUCACAUCUACCAUGGCAACGUGUCAUUCAUUGGCUGUUGUCAACGAGGAAUUGUCAGGUGACCCCAUUGACCUGAAGAUGUUCCAGGCAACGGGAUGGUCUUUCAAGGAGCCAGAUAGAUCUUCCGCAGAAAAGUUCAUCAAAGUAGAGCCACCAAAGGACGUCAUAAAGAUUGGCGAAUCACAUAAAGAGAAGGGUGAUUACCACAUCUCCAUCUUACGUCACUUUCCAUUCUCCUCUCCCCUACAACGGAUGAGCGUCAUUGCUCAGACCAAAGGAGAGGAUCAUGUGGUCGCAUACGUCAAGGGUUCACCGGAGAUGAUCGGGUCAUUAUCCAAACCAGAAACAGUUCCUGACAAUUUUCAGCAAAUGCUGAGUGAUUACACGCAAGAUGGCUUCCGUGUCUUGGCUCUUGCUUGGAGAAACCUUGACUCGGACAAAACACUGGAGAAUCUCAUGAAUAUUCAAAGGAAGAACGUGGAGAAAGAACUGGAAUUCUUGGGCUUAAUGAUCAUGCAGAACAAACUAAAACCAGAGACGAAACCGGUCAUUGAGGAGUUGAAUCAGGCAAACAUACGCACUGUCAUGAUCACAGGUGAUAAUCUACUGACAGCCAUCAAUGUGGCCCGUAAGUGUGGCAUGUGUGCACCUCAGGAUAAGAUCAUUCAUGUCCAAGCUCAGAUGCCUGAAUGUUGUCAUGAUGACCCCAAACCGAUACUGACAUAUACCACAGUUGCUGAGGAUCACACUCCAAUUAACGAUCAGAUCCCGUUCACUUUGAGUAAGAAGGAGGCACUGGAAUUGAAGACUUUCAAGGAAGAAAUCAAUCCAAUGUUAGUGGAUAAGCCCCUGGUUACCAGUAACACUCAUUAUGCUAUGGAUGGAACAACAUACAAUGCCAUACUGCAACAUCUUCCUGACCAACUGCAAAAUGUCAUCGUCAAGGGAACAAUCUUUGCUCGCUUCUCACCUAAUCAGAAGAUGUCAUUAGUGGAGGAGUUCCAACAUCUGGAAUAUUUUGUGGGGAUGUGCGGUGAUGGGGCUAAUGAUUGUGGGGCACUUAAGACUGCCCAUGCUGGCAUCUCACUAUCAGAGGCUGAGGCAUCCGUUGCCUCACCAUUCACAUCUAAGAUCCCCAACAUCUCAUGUGUGCCUAUUCUCAUCAGGCAGGGUCGGGCAGCCAUAGUGACUUCAUUUUGCAUGUUCAAAUAUAUGGCUUUGUAUGCCAUAAUACAGUUCAUCACUGUCAUGAUCUUGUAUUCAAUUCCAUCUACAAUGACUGACUUGCAGUUCCAUUACAUUGAUUUAGCACUCUGCACUGGAACUAUCCUAUUGGUGAGCCGUGGUGAUGCCUAUGACAAGAUCUCAGUCAAGCGACCACUAACCAAGCUCAUGACGUCACCGGUCAUCUUCUCUCUCAUCUCUCAAAUUAUCAUCAUUGCCCUGAUUCAGACUGCUACAUUCUUGUUGCUCCAAGCCAUGCCAUGGUAUGUGCCUCUGAAAAUUGUCUCCGAUGAAAGACAUGUUGUCUGUUCAGAAACGACCUCCGUAUUCCUUGUGUCGUGCUUCCAAUACAUCAUAGUGGGCGUGGUCUACACCCCAAAGAGACCAUUCCGUCAACCACUCUACAAGCUACGUCUGUAUUCAGCCUUUGUGAUCGUUGAGUUUGUUGGUACCACAUUGCUUCUGUAUGUGCCAACAGAGCAUACUCUGAAAGUCAUGGAGAUGGUUGUUCUGCCUGAUUACGUCUUCAAGACCUGCAUACUUGCUCUUGCUCUUCUCAACUUUGUCUUGGCUUGCAUCAUUGAGUAUCUGCUGGUACCCAGUUCUACCUUCAUGCGGUUUGUUUCAUGUGCAAAUUGGAGGAAAUCUAGACCUCCCAAGUACAAACUGUUGGAGACAGAUUACCGUUGCCAUGGAGACCAAGUCUAAAAAUGAAGCAGGCGACUGAUAAUUACUUUCAGAGAGUGGCAGUCAUUUUAUCAUUACAGAUAAGAAUUACUUGUCAUUCUUUGCUACUAUAUCCAGUGUACAUGUAUAUCCACACACAUGAUUGGGCAAUUCCUAUUGGAUCAUUUGGCUUUGUACUUGAAGAGAAUCAUGGGAUAGCGUGAACUGCAAUGUGCAUUCCAGUUUGCAGCUUAGCUCAGAGGAACUUUGAUGUCUUUGUGGACCUGACAAGAAAAGUUACAGUAUUAAAGCAGGAUCCAAGGACAGAGAGCAUAUAACUCUUAAUUUGAGGGAAAGGAUCUUUCCAAAAUGGGGUUUGUGCACACAAACAUCAGUAGCCUGUUCAGGAUUUCAAGGCCAAAUUGAACAUUUCAAAUACAUUCUCGUGAAGUUUGAAUGUAUGAAGUUCAUCUCAAGUUCACAUUAAUUAAAGUUUCAGUAAUUGUAACCAGAACUAAACAGUCAAUAGGUAUAGAACAAAAAACAUGUUUAUUGUUGAGGUGUCAGGUGCAAAAUGAUAGGAUUGCACAAAACUUAGUAAUUUUCCAGACAGUG